AUGUUUCAAAUGAUAUCUGUUUUAGGAUUUGAACAGACACAGGAGGAAUUGUCUGAUGAUGCUGUACCCCCUCCACCAGGGAGUGGAAAGGGGGAUAACUUCUCUACUGCUAGUACCAAGAUAGUGAAAACACCACCAGUGGUUCCUACAGUGGAAGCAAUCUCACAGUCAGAGAAACGUAAUUUGUCAUUGGAGGCUUUGUGUGAGGUUGGAUCAUCUGAACUUGAGAACAUUCAGCGACAAGGAUCCCCCAACACACCUCAAACACAUGAAUCAUUAUCAACCCCACCCCCCUCAACUAGUUCACAGGAAAGUAACUCGGAAGCAAGUUCCUCGAAAAUCAAGGUGGUAAACCCAGAGGAUAUCCGAAAGCGUAAGCACCCAGCUAAACCUGGUAAACACAUCUGUAGUUUCUGUGGAAGGGGAUGUGCUAAGCCGAGUGUGCUUCAGAAGCAUCUCCGAGCACACACAGGGGAACGUCCAUUCCCUUGCCUGGACUGUGGAUUUGCUUUCAAAACCAAAAGUAACUUGUACAAGCAUUGUAAGUCAAGGUCACAUGCACUGAAAGCCAAACUUGGCAGAAAAAAUUUACCAAAGUGGCCUAGUCAAGAGGAAAUGGAGACUGAAGAUAUGGAUGAAUCAGAAGAUGAUGAAGAAGGACUGAAUGAAAGUCAGUCUAGCACAGACACUGCAGAGAGAGAUGAAAGUUCCCUGACUCCAAAUGAAGCAGAACAAAUUUCUUUGUUGAAUGACAUGUCAAAGUUUCUAAAGAAAGCUGACUCAGAUCCAACAGGAUCUCAAGCUGUACAGAGAGAGGAUAGCUUUGAAAACCGUGAACAAGCUCCUGUGCAUGUUUUACAGGAAGUAGCAAAGUAUCUAGAGAAACCUAAAGCAGAGCGGCCAAGGAUAGAGGUACCAUCCUGGAAAAGUGAUGCCAGACCUAGAUUUGAAACGAGAAUGCGGAAUUUAAAUUUAGAAUUUGAGCAUGCAAAAAAUAUUGGACCUUUAGGAAAAAGACCAGGAGUUGUUGAUGAACAGAAAUUAAAUUCAGCACAAAGUCAGUUUAUAACUAUUGCUCCCAAACAAGAUCUUCUGUCUGCCACAUCCUCUAAAGGAUCUGAAAGCAUUGAUCAACUCACUACUGUUCACAGAAUGGGAAGUGGAGGGUCAGUCACAGUACACAGGCUUCUUCUGCCAUUAGCUUUCCAAAAUGUCGAGGCUUCCAAUGUACCAUCAAACCAUACAACCUUAAGCAAUGUAGAAGCAGAAAAGAUGAUAGCCAUUGAUAAUGGAGCAGGGGCUGUGGAAGUGAUUAGGUUACCUCAUCCUAAUACUGACCCUGGCAUGGCUAACAAAGUACUGAGAGAGCUGGAGGAGCUGAGUGACAGAGUCCAACAGUCCAGUGCCUCAGAUGUGCAGCUGGUCCCCGCUGUUAUGGAACUCCAGGAUGGAACUUGUCAAGUUUCAGUCAAAGCUAUCCCUGCCCGUGAGGCCCAUGGACCUCUGGUUAGAUCAUUCUCACAACCUGCUGGUGACCUACAGACAAGGAGCCAGAGUGACUCAAAGGUAGAUAUGGAAAAAGUCAAAGAGAGAAUUCAGAAUCUGAUAUCCAGCAAUGCAGCUAUUGUGAAAAGUCCCUUGUUUGAAUAUAAGCGUUUGUAUAGACAGAGUAGUGAAUCUAAAGGUACCGUUACAAAGCCUAGUACAGUGCUACUCCAGAAGUUUGAAAACAGCAGCAUUGAAAAAUCUGUUUCAGCAGCAGAGACAGGUGUUACAACAAGAGCUGUGUUAAAACCAGAGGGUCUAGAUAAACCAGUAUCAACUUGUGUUCCCUCAUUAGUUAACAAUGAAACAUCAAGGACAUCUUUAGAGGGUAAAUCAGAAGCUAGUACUACCAGACGACUUGUUAGACAGUCUGCCCUGUCCUCCAGUGUAGAUUUAGAUGCAAAGACUCAAGUCAGCCUAGGAAAUCAGUUACCAGUGCUGACUAUUUCUAAUGAAGUACUGAAGCAGAUAGCUGAAGCCAAUAAAUCUGGAACUCCAAAACCUGAUCCCAAGGGGGCAAUUAGAACCCAAGAAAUUGCCUCCAAAACAGUGACUGCUUUAGACCAUAGUGGAAAAGAAAUUACAAUCAAGCUUCAGUUGGAGAACCCUGUUCAACCUAAAACUGUAAAGCAAGAAAAUGAAGCAUCUGAUGGACAGUCUAAAGCAAUCAAGGAUAAAAUUCGUGAAGUUAUUAAAGCUCGGGAUAUUCCACCUGUCCAAAAAUCUAAGUCAGAAACUCAAAUCAGCAUCUGUGAGAAAGAUGAACUUGGAAAUACUACUCCAAUAACAUUAACAGAGUCUUCAAAAUCUGCCACAUUGAAAAAAGAGCAGUUCGUGUGCAGUUUCUGCAAGACUGCAUUUUACAAGAAAGAGACAUUAGAUUUACAUAUGGCUUACUAUUGUAAAUUUAUAAAAGCACAUGAUUCCAUAGACAGAUCUAAGGUAUUGCAAAUUUUUCAAAAACAGGAGAGUGAAAAGAAACCAGCAGAAGGUUUAGUAAAAAGACAAAUAUCUCUACCUGUUAUACAGUUUCCUAAACAGUCAUCUGUACCAGCCAGCAAGACCAAUAUAAUGAUCAGGUCAGAGGGUGGAGGUGUCAUUAAAUCUCCAGACACUGGAAUGCCGAAACAACUCAGUAUCCCAGCUCAGUUUUCUAGAGGUGUGUUGAAUGUUCCAGCAAAUGCAAGCCUUACCUCCUCAGUGGAAUAUCUCAUCAAUAAAAAGGGAAGACCAAGACUCAAUGAAAGACAGCCAAGAAAUUCCUUGCCAUCUGCCCAGACACUUCCACAUAGUCCAAUACCAGUCAGCAUUUAUCCUUUAAGUCAACUCUCAGGUGUUCUGCCUGCACAAUCAUUGCCACAGCUACAGAUAGCACUAGGAGGAUCACAAUUGAAAGCAGCCCAGGAAGUAUCUCAGACAUCAGUUAUAACUAGUCAGAAAAGCACCCCAUCCUUUACAAAAGCUCCAUUGCCUGUGUCAUAUUCAGUGAUGACCUUCAGUUCACAAUCAACACCCAAGGCCACUGGAGUAGAUGUUCAGCCAAUCGCCAUUCAGAAUGUGAUGUCUGUAAAUAGGAAUUUUAACCCCACUGAAAGUAGAAAAGGACAGCAAGAAGUAAUUGUCAAAAAACAACAGUCUUUGUCUUCUGCUGCAGCCAGUGAUCUUCAUAGUAUGAUUCAAGUCCAGAUAGUGGGGCCUGUGGGAAGUGAUCUGUACUGGAAGGAGCUGUCAGGAAAGACAGGCAGUAUACAGCCUGCUGGGAUAGUUAAAGUUUGUGAACCUUCACAACCAAAUAUUAAUGUUGCUCAAAAACAAUUGGAAACUAAGCUCAAAGACAAACAUUUGAUUCAUUCAUCAUCAGAUUCAACAGAGCAUUCCUCACCUCAUGUUUUAAAUGAAGAUCUCAAAGAAAAAUUGAAAGGAAAAUUACUCAUGAAAAGAUCGCUCAGUUUAGACCCCAAAGUACUGCAGUCAACAAUAUCACCAGUAUUGUUUAGAGAAGAUACUGAGGGUUCAGCAAGUAAAAAGAUCAAACUGGUUUCAAUUCAAACACCCCUAAAACAUGAAGACUUGAUUCCGUCUGCACAGUCAUCUUCAUCAGAUGUAAUUCUUGAGCCAGAAAGUAAAGCAUGGAGAAUCAAGACUCUUUCCAUACCAGUGGUGAGGGCUCAGCCCAUGUAUCACUUGUCUCAAAUGGUUAGCCAUCUUAUGUUCAAAGAAAAAACUAGUCAGUCGAGUGAAACUUCAGAUUUCCCACCAGAACAGAAUUUAGCAAUGUUAGACAGCAACAAAGCCAUUUCAGCAACUGCUAGUGGUUCACAAGUUCCAGAGAAAAGUCCUACUGUGUCCGUUCCACUGAUAUUGUAUGGUCAUAACUACCCCUCCCUCAGAAUGUCAACACAAGUGUCAUUCUGUUGUAUUUCAAGGCCACAGCCUAUGUAUGUUCCAUUCAGAUCCACCAAAAAGAUUUCUAUGUAUUCCAAUUGGAAGGUAUCAGGGCACAAUACAAAUCCCAUAGGACUCACUCCAAAGAUGCUGUUGUCUCUGUACAAAUCAGAUUCUAACAAAGACCCAGGCUAUGUUACUUCAUCAAGUCAGGCUUCCAAAGGAGGGAUGUUAACACACAGUAGUUACUGGACUUAUAAGGAGAAGAAGGCCAUGCCCAUUGAAAAGAAGCUUGAAUUGAAGAAAGAACCAGAUACUGCCAAACCAAUAUCAAGCAUAAAGAUCUCUACCCCAAAGAAAGUGACAGGGGGUGUUAAAUCUCUGGAUCCCUAUGUGUAUGUUAGAGGGAGAGGCAGAGGAAAGUAUAUUUGCAAUGAGUGUGGAAUUCGUUGUAAGAAACCCAGCAUGUUGAAGAAGCACAUACGAUCCCAUACAAAUCUUCGCCCGUAUGUCUGCUGUCACUGCCACUUUUCUUUCAAAACAAAAGGCAACCUGACCAAGCACAUGAAGUCAAAGUCACACCACAAGAGAUGCAUAGAGCUGGGAAUCCUUCCAGUGCCGACACAGGUGGACGAGUGUCAGAUCGAUCAGGAGAUGCUGAAAGCUCAGUGUGAUCUGUCCAGAAAGGCUCGAAUCGUGCUGAAAGAUGGAGCGUCAAUGUCCCUGGACCUGGAUGAGAUUGACUCGGAGAGCGAUGAUGAAGAGGAGGAGGAAUCACAGGACCAAGAGAGCAUGGAUGUCGGUGAUAGUCCGCAGGAAGCACCUGAGGUUGUCACGGAGAUGGAGAUCACUACAGAGGAUGGGGUCACUGCAGAGAAAGAGGUCACACAGGAAGUUAAUAGCCCUGGCUCCAGUUUGGAGGGUUUGGAGAGAGGCCUUGUUGGAUCCACCCCUGUGAUUUGUUCUGUAGUUCAGCCACACCCAAGUAUACCUCAGUCAUUGAGAAACCCUGGCCAACCUCUAGUAGCCAUUGUACAUCAGAAAGAGGAGGCGACGUCAGAAUAUACGACCAGUAACGGUCAGCAGAUCAUCCAUAUUGUAGAGGACACCAGCAGUCAACCAGCAAGCCUGGGAACAAUAUAUGGAUUUCCUGCAGGAGUGUCAUCAGUUGAAGAAAGCCCAUCAUCCAGUGUGGUGGAAAUCACAGAGGUUUACAUUUCAGAGGGAGAUCCAAAGUUAGGAUUUUUAUUUGAGGAACUACGUAAACAUGAAGCAGUGUUAAAAGAAGGAAAUGAGGACUCCAUUACUCCUGAAGACUCUUGUCAGAAGAAACCAAAUGAAGAUGGAGAAACUUCUGAAAACAGCUGUGUUAAAGAAUCUGAUAAACAUACUGACAAGAAUGAAAAAACAAAUCUUGAUUCUGAAGUUAAUGAUGCAGAAAAACCUGUGGAAUCCUUUAGUCCAGAGAUUACAACUAGUGUAAAAGAGAAUGAUCUCGCCAAUACAUCAGGAGCAAGGGUUACCAGAGAGGAAAAGAAAAACAAAGUGGAGUCACCAAGGCAAUUGGAAUUUUCUAUUCCACUGGGUGGUUUCAUGCCCCCAUUGGCUUAUUUCAAACAACCCAAACAGACCACAAAUUCUGGCCCAAUUAUUGGCCAGCUCAUUAGGCAGCGGCCCAUGACUUUACAGUUAAGUAGCCCUGUCAAGACCCCCACUAGCCAGGCCACACCCUUGAGUCAGGCCACCCCUGUCUUUGCUCCAUUCCAAUUUCAACAUCCAUUCAUGGAAAAACACGAUUACCAGGAAGUUUUUAACGUACAUAGCAGUGAAAGUGUUGUGAAAGCAGAAGACUCCUGCAUACAAAGCAAGAUUUCUACAAUUCAGGAUGGAGAGGAGAAAUUAAAAGUCUUGAACAUUAAUGAUCAAAAUGAGGAUAACUACUCCAGCUACAUUAUCAUUGAAAAUUCAGAUGAGGACAAUGUGAUACAUGUGACUUCUGCGGAGGGUGCAAAUGAACAAGUGCUGUAUCAGUGUCAGUUUUGUGAUGGUUUAUUAGAACCUGAACACAUUCUUGAUCAUCUCAAAACCCACAAAAUGGAACAUCUCUUCUCCUGUGAAACAUGUGGGGUUGACUUUCCUUCGAGGGAGAAAUUUGAGAAUCAUAGCCAUGGGAAAUCUGAAAGUGUGAGAAGUGACUCGGUGAAGUGUGACGUAUGUCUGUUGACCUUUGACUCCAGGGACGAACUUUCAGAACACUUUAAAACAGAGACACAUAUAGAUAAACUAGAAGGAUUGGGAAUGGUUCCCAAAGGGACCUUCUCAAACCUUGAAAGAAAUAUCGAAUCUUUAACAACUUCCGACCAUAGUGAGUUCGUUCAGCUUCUUAAAAAUAGGAUUGACAACCACAGGAAGGCUUCUUCACCAGUUGAAAUGGUAGUGGAUGUGAAGGAUGUGAAUACAGAAAGGUCACAGAGUCCUGCACAGUUUCAGGGUCAAUCUCAGUAUGAGAAGAGUCGAGCAGCCUCCAAUGAUAAGGUGACAGUGGAGAUAAAGCAUGAGAGUAAUGACUUCUGUCAGAUCAGGAGUUCUAGCCCGGACUACCCCCCAGAGAGGGGCACAUCCCCUAACAUGCCACAUCUCUGUGAGAUCUGUAGAAGGGGAUUCAUCAAUCUGGACCACCUAAAGGCCCACCUUGUCAGUCAUGCGGAGAUCAGACCGUACGUUUGUGAAUACUGCGAUGCUGGAUUUACAAACAGUCAGUCCCUCAAGACCCACCUGCUGUCCCAUGCACAGGAGAGACCGUAUGUUUGUGGUUAUUGUGGUCAAACAUUCCCCAUAUCCUCAGACCUGAAAAAGCACACAGAAGUUUUUCACAAGACAUCUCUCUCCGUCUCCAGAGAUAAGACAGCGGAAGUGGAAUCUAACGAUGUCAAAAAUAGUAUGCUGACUAGCAGUAGUGUAGCUUCAGUUUCACUGGUUACAAGCCAAGCAGGAGAUCAAACUAGGUCAUCACCAAAAGCCAAGGGGAAUAACUCUAAAACAGACUAAAUUUCCUGGGAAAGAAAAAAUUGGGGUGUUGAACAUGUUGAGAAAUAAUAUGUUUUUGUCUUUCAAGAAGGAAUCUGGAAAAUAAUUUUAAAAUUGUAGUUAUGAUCAGUGUAUUAGUUUGGGUAUUGCACCCAAAAUGUACAUUUGAUACUACUAAUAUGAAGUUGUAAUAUAAUUUUUCUGCAACCAGUAAAUACCAAGCUUAGGGCAAAAUAGUUCUGUUUUUUUAAUUAAGAAAAGUUGUGCAUUCUACAUAUUAUGCACAAUUUUUAAAAAUGUGCCAUAUAUGUGUUGCCAGUUGACUAUUUUACAAAAUCUUUAGUGCUUAUUUUGUUAAGUUACCUGAGUCAUUCAGGUGACCUAUUGCUAUCUGUUUUACUUCGCUGUGAUUCAAUGUGUCAUGUGACGUCUGGAAACAUUUGAAUAUGCAUGUAUCAAAUUUCUUCUCUGAAACUAGUGACCCAUUUUAAACAAGAAUUUGGUAUGUACAUGUAUGUUAUAGGGGGGAAAUUUUGAAUGUUUAGGCCCCCCUCCAUUAAACUGAAAAUAUUUAGCAAUUUUUUUUUAAAUUUCCUUACUUUCAUUGAAGAUGCAUUAUUUCACUAAAAUUGCUCUUACUGGACAUUCUGUAGACAAUUUAAUUUCUGCAUUUUAAUACUCACCAUUGAGCUUUUUUUCUGAAUUGUAACAUGAGUCCCUUGCCUGUAAAAUAAAGUUGUAGAUGUGAGUGUAGGGAGUAUGUAAAAAUAGACUUCUUAUUGCUUGAUACUCAGGUUAAUGUCAAGGCCCAUGGGCCUCUUGGUAUGAAAAAAGAAUCAGUGGUAAGGUGAUGAAAGAUGGUAAUACAAAAUGUGCAGAUAAAAGUUAGAAAUUGAUUUUUUUUUUUCUAUUUAAAUUUUGUAGAAAUCUUAAUGUUAUAAAAAUAUGUUAUAUUUGUAUAAAUGGUUGAUUUUAAGAUUUUCUUUAAUCUUAUAUUUUAUAAAUAUAAGGAUUAUGUUUUUUUUACCUGUAACAUUUCCAUGCUUUGCCAUGUAUACUGCCAGGAGAGGUGUUAUUUUUUAUGCCCCCCCCCUUAGUCAGUCCAUCCCAUUCUAUGUUUAACUCUCUCUUAAAGAAACAAUUUUAAGUAAAUCAUGAAUAACCACAAACAGAUUGAUAAUACUUUUGAAAAUAACCCCACAGCAUCCAAAAUACUACCACCUUGACCAUCAUUGCACCCUUUUUUUUUUCGAAUUCUGGAUUUGAUUUCGGAUUCCCUGAAUACUGUAAGAUAUUCAUUCAAAUAACUUCACACACAGAUAUCAGCUGCCAGAGUAACUGACACUGACCUUUCCAUUGAUACAAUAUAUUUUAAUUCAGCUAUGCCACUGAAAUUCAUAGAAAACUGCAACUCAGCUACACGGAAGUUUUUACAAGAUUAUCAAGAUGGCUUUCAUACUUAAAAAACUACAGGUCUACAGUCUUCAUAUAAUACUGUAAAAUAUAAUACCAUGGCAUAUAAAUACAGGUUUAUGGCUACAUUGCAUUUUUUUUUUCCAAGGUGUAAUGAUUCAGUGUUGUAUUUUACAUUUUUAGAAAUUGUUUUGUUAUUAUGAAAUAUUAAAGUGAUGAUAAAUACA